AGAUUCGUCAGUCUGUCACUUCCGACCGAAACUACCAUAAGUUAAACUCAACCCUUCAAUCCAAACUCUCUGCGCUCAACUCCAGUCUGUCCUUGCUCCGUCACCAGUUCACUGAGAUGGAAACGAAGUACAGAUCUGUCAACGAAACCAAGGCUCAAAUCUGUGAAUUGUUGACCAGCAGAAGAGAGCAAACGUUUUCCCAGGAAUGGAUCAGAAAUGAAGAAGGGUGUUAUUUUAUAUCCACGUUUAAAUAUUACUACAAAGAGGCGAAAGAGUAUUGUUUGAACACCGAUUCUAAACUUCUUGAAAUAAAUUCAGCAGAAGAAGAGGAAAGUGGCUUCGAAAGUCGUGUACAGGAUGUACGAUGAAGAUCCCGAAUGCGA